CUGAAACAGUACAGACCACCUAAGCUUCAGUCUUCACUGUUCCUGCAGGAUUGGCCGCAUACUGUUAAUCCAUCCCCAAUGGAAAGGUUUAUUCAGUUUCUGCUUUUCUCAGGAUUUUGGAUGUUCAUACAGAGCAACUCAAAUGAAUAUAUUCUUAUCCAGGAGAAAAAGACCUGGGCCGCAGCACAAGUUUACUGCAGAAUGAAUCACAUCGACUUGGCCACGGUCGCAAGCAAUGAAGACCAGACAAGUGUCCGAGUAGCGGUUAGCGCUGCGCUGCCUCCAUUGGCCUGGAUUGGAUUGUACAGAAACAAUAACAGUUGGUAUUGGACUUAUCGUCAAGAGAUAUUGACAUUCAGGUUCUGGAUGUCUGGAGAGCCAAACAACCCCGAUGGAAAAGGGGAUUGUGCUGUCAUCAAUUCCAGUGGAUGGGAGGAUAUGACAUGCAAUCAAUUGUUUCCAUUUUUUUGCUACAGUGUGAACAGCGCAGACAAGUUUGUUUUUAUCUCUCAAAUCAAGACAUGGAAUGAUGCUAAGGCUUACUGCACAAAGUAUCACACAGACCUGGCCAUCAUUCGGAAUCAAACUGAAAAUGACCUGCUGGUGAAUAUGAUGGUAGGAUAUGACAAAGCAUGGAUUGGUCUCUUUAAGGACUGGUGGAAGUGGUCAGAUAAAAAAAAUAUCUACACAUUCCCCAUAACCUGGAGGGCUGGACAACCUGACAUUACUGGCCUGAACCCGCUUUGUGGUGCUACAGCUCUUGAUGGAGUCGAUGAUCGAUUCUGCCCAGAGACCCUUCCAUUUAUCUGCUUAAGACAUACAAGGAAUAAGAUCAUGAGAGUGGAGUUUAAAUCGAGUCAGAAUCUAAAUGAUCCUGCGGUGAUGGAGAACAUCUUACAGUUGAUGAAGCAGAAACUGAAUGAUCGUGGGAUAGGGAACGACACAACAUUGACAUGGAGAGUUCAGCCAGAUGGAAAUGUUUUUUCAUCAAAACAUGAAAGUGAGAAGGGACAGAAACCCUGUCCAAACACUUGAUUUUAAAUAUAACAGUUACCACAUCUGGCGAUAUUUAGGACUGCUUCAUUUAAAUGAAAUUAUUUGAGACGCAUGUAUUACUUAAUUUAAUUGAUUUAAAAUAGUUUCAAUAAAUAUCAUUAUAUAGUUUAAUCAC